AUGAAGGAAAUGCCCGAAGGCAAGAUGUGGGGGCAAAAGGGGCUAACGGUUGACAAAGGUCAGUGUGGACCCAUGACAUCAAGGUUUAAGUAUGACAGAGUGUAUAGCGACAGCUUGCAACCCCCACCCCAUGAGCCCCACCUUGAAAAAGACUUUUUGUUUGCCCCCAGUAACGGUGGUUUCCUGACUGCGGUGAACUGUAUCGAAAGGAUCAAGGCCCAGUGUGAACAUGACAAGAGUGACCCCGCCCACUACUUGCGCAGUAUGUUUGAUGCUGACAAGGUCCGUGAGGCUGUGAAGUACUUAUGUACUAAUGUUAAAGAUUCUUCGAGACAGCUGUAAACUGCUCUGUGGAAACAGUAAAGACAAAGUGCAGCCCAGCAGCAGCAGAUAUUGUGGGGACUGUGAUCCGAGGAUUGGAACCCCCGAGGUGUAGUCAAAUAACGUACAGCGUCAGCUCAGGAAGGAAGGGAGAAGAAGAUGAUGGGUCUGAAUCUUCGUCUAAUGGUUUUAAUAGAACUGCUCUUUUGAUGCCAAGCAUUCUCACGUUAAUAGCGUCGAAACUGUUAUUAAUUUUGUUAAUGUAUUGAUUAAGUGUAACAGUGAUCACUUUAGGGUUUUUCUUUUGUUUAUCUAGAAGAGACAUUAUUGCAUCUUGAGACUGUAAUGUGUACAAGACAUACACAUUAACUGAUAUGACUGGCAAUCUUCAUAAUGGUACACGUACAGUCUUGCUGACAUUGUCGUGAUUCUUAUUUCUCUAAAGCCUUAUAUCAUAAGUCACGAAACCAACACUGUGGAAGGCAAUAAUAUGUCAAGUUUGUAAGAACAUGAAAUUAAACGACAAAACAAGGUUAACAGCAUUGGAGAAACUUUGAAAGAGCACCUAUUAUUUUUUUUAAUUUAUUUAUAAAAUUGAUUUGCUCACUUGAGUGUAGCACUUUUUUAAAGAUAAAAGAUCUACACAUAUUAUUCAUUAGAGUUGCAGGGCCUUCUUUUGUGUAAGUGGAUGUUACCGUUAUGUCACAACACGCUGUGUCCUGACAGCUGAUACUGUCAGAAAUGUUUCUCACAUCUAAUGAUCAAGUCUAUUGACCUUUCUGCUUAUGACAGCAGGGGGUUUUUGUUUUUAUUUUGCUUUGUUUUGUUUUAAUUAAUUUUUUUUAGGGGGGGAGGAGGGGGUGAUUCUUUUUUGUUUUGUUUUGUUGUUUAGAUACUCUCUCAGAACCCCACCCAUGAUUUAAUUUGAGAUAGGGGUGAAAUUAUUGGUUCCACCUUGAUUUGUAACUGAUGCUAAAUUUGAGAAGCAGUGAUGAUACGGUAAUGCUAACAAAGUUAGAAAUGUGGGCCGAUUUGUCCGAGAUAAUAGAAUACAGUGUGCCUGAGUUUGGCAGAAGUGCGUAAUUAACAACUGAUUACACGUUCUCUAAAUAAUUUCUCAGUUCGGUGUUUUUAGAAAUCAGUUCUACACAUUAGCUGUGCUGGUGUGUUUUGAUGUGCUACAGGGAAACUGAAGUCGAAAGUUUUGCUCUACUUAAGAAACGAGUUUAAACACUUUUCAUGCAUCUUGAUGAUGCAGAGCUUGUACUAUGUUUCUGUGUUGUUGGUACUCCAAUUCUCAAAGUUAUUUAUUUAUUUGCUUCGCAUUUUGAUGUUGUAAUUAUUUGUACCAUUGUCAAUUCUGUUUAACUACUCGUGAUGAAAAUUAUGAAGAAGAAAAGUACAAAAUUACAGCGUCAACAAAUACUAGGCCCUUUAAUGUGUCCAAAACAAACCACAACCACAACAGUACGGUGCACUCAUGUGACAGCCCAGAACCAUUCCAGGAACAUUUACAUCUGUUUUCACUGAUCAUACUUCAAUGGUAUCACAAGUGAUCUAUGUUUCUAGUUACAGCCCCAUUUAAAUGACGAAUAUACAUUUGUUAACCUUAAUUUGAGGCUUGAAACUAGGGACAAGCUCGAUUAUAAUGCAGAAUAAAAUUUUGUUUAUCAAGGGAAAAACUAUAAUUUUUUUUUUUCUUCUUGAGAAAGUUGUGAUGUCUUUUUUGAAGAUAGCACAUGUGCUUUUUUUCCCAUGCCAUUCUGAAAAAUCUGAGGAUGGGCGUCAGUGGUGAAAGGAUUAAAAUCUUCACACUGCAUAGGUAAAUCCAAUUUUUGCAGUAAGGAUAGAUCUACUUUUUUUUUUCAAAUAUUUUCAUCUUUCUGUUGAAAGUAGCCCUCCUCAUGAAUUCUCAAAAUUGUGUUCAAGAGAGCCAAAACAGUAUACUGCACGUUUACAAAGUUUUACGGACCACAGUUUGUGACACCAUGACUUUUUUUUUUCUUCAUAAACCAUCAACGUAUGCGCUGUACGUUAAUACAUGUAUAUAGUUGUCAUGUUUCAUUGUCAUUGCGCGUACAUUAUUUUAUUCUGUCAAAAUAACAAGAACAACAACCAGCAUGAAUUUUUUGUUGAGAUAAAGAAGGGUUUAUUUAAAACAUUCAUGAAAUUUACAAUAGCCCUUUUUGAUCACUUCAUAAUUAUCACAAAGAUAUUUUAAUUGCUCUUCUUGUUGCUCAAAUUAGUAAUACACACGUAAAACGCUGUAGAAAUUACGGCGAGAUAGUUCAAAUUUAUUUGGCAAAGCAGCUUGUUAUAGGUGGGAAUCUGCUUUCGUUUUUAUUUUUAUCCAAGCUUUACCGCACCUACAACAUAAUAUGUUUAUUUUAUUGUUUUUGGUCACAACUAUAUUUAUAGAAAUGAGUUUAAAAUAUAUUUGUAGUAUAUCGUUUUGUGUUUCAUGAAAGAGUUAGUUAUGAGAGAAAGAUUUUGUUGUGUUACAUCAUUAUUGAAGAGCUAGAUAAACAAACAUUGAGAGAGAAAAAAGAAAAUGGAAGGUGGAAAAGGAAACAAGAGGAGGGGUAGCUAGAGAAUGAAUGAGCAGAGAGAGAGAGAGAGAGAGAGAGAGAGAGAGAGAGAGAGAGAGAGAGAGACAAGGGCAACUGAGAGAUCUUCACCAAAUAAAAUUAUGUUCAUAAUUGGGAUUGACUACUCUUCCCAACAAUGUCAGAAGUAAAACAUUACACAUUUGUAGUACAUAUUAUUAUUAUUAUUAAGUCACAAACAUAAAGGAAAAUUCACUAAUAAAUUCCAUAUCUGCUUCAAACCAGACAUUCAACAUAGUUUUUCUUUUAUUCGUAGGCGCUAUUAGAAAUAUUUUCACGUUAUAUCAGACACUGAUCUUAGCUUCUUCCGUUUACUCUCAUCUCAAAGAACAUGCAUCUCCUUUGGGGUCGAUUUUUUUUGUUGCAGACUUCUGGGACAGACAAGAGGAAAGCAGCAGACUACCGGUAUCUUAGAACUGUUUUUGAAAAGUUCAAGAUUUGUUGUUUACAAUGCACUGUGGACGGAACUCUGUAAAUAUCUGUUCAACGAUCAUAAAGAGGAAAUGAACUAUAUCAUUUAUUAUUAUUGUUUUUAUUAUAUUAUUAUUACUAUUUUUAUUAUUAUUAUUGUUAUUAUUAUAAUUAUAAUUAUUAUUAUAGUAUUAUAAUAUUCAAAUAUCUUCCGCAGUCUACUGGGACAUUGUAUCUCUCUCAGCCCAGGUUGGCCCUGAUGCAGGGUUGAAACAGCCGCCUCCUAAAUUAUCUAAAUCGUGUUGAAAAGGGGAGGAGGUAUAAAUCAUAAUAUGAUUACAAUAAACCUACAAUUGCGUUUUUCACGAAAUAUUUUCGGAUUUAUUGGAAGGCGUAGUCUACAUAAGAAUUUUAAUUUAUUUUUCUCAGUAAGAAGGGGGCCUUGAAGUAUAAAAGGUUGUGAACCCCUGAACUUGCUGGGGCGCGUACGUGGAGUCUACUUGUUAAAUCCUGAUCUUGACCACUUGAUCUCUUUUGUUAUCUUGUAGUUUAUCCUUCUGAAAUGCCUUUCAUCACCAGGUCUACAAACUCAUGCAGUCCUACUGCUUUCUCUCUCAUGUUUGUACAUGUACGUAAUUCUUGUUUCUUUUUUAAAGUAAACCAAUGAUUUUCUCAA